GGGGUAGGCCUACGUACAUGUAUGUGCCGUCAUAAAACAUGUACUCGUCAACUUGACACUAGUCUGUCUGGUAUGGUACAUGCGCGGGUCUGCUACCCACGUGUCUGAUCAUGCAGUUGGUACGUGUAACGGGAAACCACCGUUCGCGCAGUUCGCGCAUGGACGUAUUGCCAAUGCCAUAUGAUUCACGACUUUGUCAAUGCUUCGGAAGAUCCUGUCAAGCAAAAUGGCUUUCACAUUGAGAAAUGUGCUUGUUUUGGAUAAUGUGGCGAGCUGCUGUGCUCAAAUACUACAAGAUAACGGUAUCCAAACAGAUACGGUGGCUAAACUGAGUAAGGAAGAGCUUCUGGCAAGAAUUCCGAAUUAUGAUGGAGUGAUUGUCCGCUCUGCCACAAAGAUUACGGCAGAUGUUAUGGAUGUUGCCAAAAACUUGAAGAUCAUUGGCAGAGCAGGAACAGGAGUUGAUAACAUUGAUGUUAGUGCAGCAUCACGUCAUGGCAUCAUUGUCAUGAAUACACCUGCUGGAAAUACCUUGAGUGCUGCUGAACAUACCUGUGCCAUGAUAUGUGCUAUGUCAAGACAUCUUCCCCAAGGUCACAUGUCGUUAAAGCAGGGACGUUGGGAUCGCAAGCUUUAUAUGGGUAAUGAGCUAAAUGGAAAGACAUUAGGCAUUAUUGGUCUAGGCAAGAUUGGCAAAGAAGUAGCAACAAGAAUGCAGUCAUUUGGCAUGACGACAAUAGGUUAUGAUCCUCUUGUCCCAGCAUCUGAGGCUGCUGAAUUUAAUACUGAGUGGAUGGAACUGGAACAACUUUGGCCAAAGGCUGAUUACGUCACUGUGCACGUCCCUUUGAUCCCACAAACAAGAGGUCUGCUUGGUGAAAAGACAUUCCCACUCUGCAAAAGUGGUGUACGUGUCAUCAAUGUUGCUAGGGGUGGAGUCAUCGAUGAAGCUGCAUUACUCAAAGCAUUGGAGUCUGGUCAGUGUGGAGGGGCAGCACUUGAUGUUUUUGAACAGGAACCACCAACCAACACUGCCCUCAUACAACACAAUAAGGUAGUUUGCACCCCUCAUCUUGGAGCAAGCACAGAGGAAGCUCAACUACGUGUUGCCAUGGAGAUAGCUGAGCAGUUUGUGGAUGCAGUGAAUGGCAAAUCACUCUUUGGUGCAGUUAAUGCAAAUGCCUUAAGCAAUGCCCUCAAGCCUGAGACAAAGCCAUUUGUGGCACUUGGGAAAUGUUUAGGAGCUGUGGCUACAGCUUUAUGUGGACAAGUUACCAACCAAACCCAAGUCCAAGUCAUCACAUAUGGUGACAGCUUAAAACAGGCAGGGUCGUACCUUGGAGCAGCUGUAACAGUGGGUUUACUGAGAAGUAGUACAUCAAAUGGCAUGAACCUGGUGAAUGCUGGAGUUGUAGCCAAAGAAAUAGGCAUUCAGAUUGCGACAAGUCAUCAAGAUUGUGCCCCUGUACCCCAGACCAGUGCAUGUGUCUCUGUGGUAGUCACAGUGAAUGGUGUUAGUCACAAACUGAGUGGUUCUGUCAUGAGUGAUUCACCUGUCCUCCUUGAGAUUGAUGAUGCCAUAUUUGUCAGUGGUGUUAUGCUUCAAGGCAACAUGCUGCUGUACAGAACACAGGCAGGAGUUACAGCAUUCCCGGCCAUUGCAAGUGUUUUGUCAUCCAGCAACCAGAUCUUAUCAUAUGGAACUACCCCUCCAUCUAACAAUGGCUCUUGGAGUGCCAUGCAACUAGCAUCUCCACUGCCUAGUGUGGACAGCCUCAAACAGCAUGUCACCUUUGCUGUUCAACUGAGUCUUGCUUGAGCCAAUUGGCAUACAGGAUAGUUGACCAAUGACAUAAAUAGUCUAAGUAAUGUGAUCUAUAUGUGUAUGCCAGGUUUUAUUCCUAGCAUUGCUUUUGUCUGUUAUAUUGGAAUGAUUGGGACAUCGUGAUAUUUCAUUUCUUUCUAGUUGUGAUUCCUGGUGUCUUGCAGAACAUUAUGCAGAGUAGUUAUUUUAGCAUUUCAGUUGAUUGGUACUGAAGUUGGGGUUUUUGAUAUACUUUCACUUAAUUAUGACGUUUAUGGUGCAAGCAAAAGUGUUUGAAGCAUUUCAUUUUAUUUGCAAUUGUUUCAUUUUUUGUUGCACGUUUUUAAAAGGUGUGGUUGUAUUGUUUGACUUCAGUUUAGAACAGAAUUUCACUGAAGGCAUAUGGGUAUAUUCACACAUCACACAUGCACCAUAAUUAUGGAUAAACUCCUGAAUGUUACAGAAAAUUGGGAGAAAUAAUGAGUUUUAAAAUUUAACAUGGUAGGAUAUACAGUUAUUGUUACGUGUGUCAUUAUUUAAACAAUUGGUUUGUGAAUUUUGAUUUAAUCAGCAGCUGUCCAAUACAUUGAAUGUAUUGCACAUAAAAACGAUAUCCAAAUUAAAGCUUGCCUGUAAUUCUUCCUGUAAUGGGCAUAUCUUGCAAAUUCAUUCAAAUCUUGUAACCAAGUAAGUGUGCUCAGAAACUUUAUAAAUUGCCAUUUCCCUGAAUAUUUUGUAAAAGAGGCAGCUUGCUAUUUUUCGAGGGAAAAAUUGGGCAUUACCACUUGGGUGUACAUGGUCUGUAACAGCAAACAUUUGGUUUUUGAUGCAAAUAAUAAAAGGACUGCAGGAAGUGUCUUUAUUUCAUGUAUUUCAAUCACACAAAUUAUGAUUGCAGUGAUAUGUGGCCGCCACUUUUUUUUUCAUUUUUCAGGUAAGGAACGAAACAAAAGUAUGACAACAUGCCAUUGUAUUACAUGUGUCAUGCAAGUUCAUGUAUUCUGUUUGGAUUGUCAGUAUUAAACUGAUCAAAUGUCA